CGGUUGGGGGGCGGGCAGCCGUUGGAGGCGGAGGCGGCCCAGCUGUGGGGCGACUGUGCUCACUUGCUCCUUCACUCCCUUGUGCUGACAGGCAGCAGGCCAGAGCCCGGGACAAGGCCGGGAAGUUUGCGGCGGAGCCAGGCAUGAAGCGGCACUGAGGCGAAGCCGAGCUGAGCUGAGCCUCCGCGCCCGAGGAGAAGGAGGCGCCGCCGCUGCAGCCGCUGCUAGUCCCCGGCCACGCCGAUGACUACUGCAAACUGCGGCGCCCACGACGACUUGGACUUCAAGCUCAUCUUCGGGGAGGACGGGCAGCCGCCGCCGCCCCCGCCCCCGGGGCCCGCAGAUACUGAACCAGCUGAUUGUGCAUCCAUUUACAUCUUUAAUGUAGAUCAACCUCCAUCAACUGUAAACCAGCCAAUUUGCAUUCCUCACCAUGGAUUACAGUCUCAUACCUCAGUUUUGUCACCACCUCUUCAGCUACAGGGUCACAAAAACUAUGAAGGAAUUUGUGAGAUUCCUGAAUCUAAGUAUAGUCCACUAGGUGGUCCCAAACCUUUUGAAUGCCCUAGUAUUCAAAUUACAUCCAUUUCUCCCAACUGUCAUCAAGGAAUAGAUGCUCAUGAAGAUGAACUGCACACAAAUGGUUCUGAAGGCGAUUAUUUGGAAAGACCUUCUAGGGAUCAUCUAUAUCUUCCUCUUGAACCAUCAUACAGAGACUCCUCCCUUAGUCCAAGCCCAGCCAGCAGCAUUUCUUCCAGGAGCUGGUUCUCAGAUGCUUCUUCUUGUGAAUCUAUCUCUCAUGUUUAUGAUGAUGUAGAGUCUGAGCUCAAUGAAGCUGCUGCCCGAUUUACACUUGGGUCUCCUUUAGCUUCUCCUGGUGGUUCUCCAAGAUGUUGUCCUGGUGACGAAUCUUGGCAACAACAGUAUGGAUUUGGAAACUCAUUAUCACCUAGGCAAUCUCCUUGUCAUUCUCCUAGAACUAGUAUCACUGAUGAAAAUUGGCUUAGCCCUAGACCAACAUCCAGGCCUUCAUCAAGACCUACCUCUCCAUGUGGGAAACGAAGACACUCCAGUGCUGAGAUUUGUUAUGCUGGUUCACUCUCACCUCAUCAUUCACCAACCCACUCUCCUGGUCACUCUCCUAGGGGAAGUAUAACAGAAGACACAUGGCUAAAUACUUCUCUCCAUGGUGUGCAAACUUUGAGUCCUGCACACUUUUCAUUUCAGUGCUGUGCAGAGACUGAUAUCCCUCUGAAAACAAGAAAGACUUCUGAGGAUCAAACUGCCACCUUAUCAGGAAAAAUAGAUGUCUGUUCAGACGACCAAGGAAAUUUAUCACCAUCCCUAGAAAAUACUAUAGAUGAUAGUCCUGGGUCUCAGCAUCCUUUAAAGAAAGAUUUGUCUAGUGACCAAUUUCUUUCAGUUCCUUCGCACUUUACCUGGAAUAAACCAAAGCCUGGCCAUACCCCUAUAUUUCGCACAUCCUCAUUGCCUCCUCUAGAUUGGCCAUUACCAACUCAUUUUGGACAAUGUGAACUGAAAAUAGAAGUACAACCCAAAACACAUCAUCGAGCCCACUAUGAAACUGAAGGUAGUCGGGGUGCAGUAAAAGCAUCUACUGGAGGACAUCCUGUUGUGAAGCUCCUGGGCUAUAAUGAAAAACCAAUAAAUCUACAAAUGUUCAUUGGAACAGCAGAUGAUCGCUACCUAAGACCACAUGCAUUCUAUCAGGUGCACCGAAUCACUGGGAAGACUGUUGCUACUGCUAGCCAAGAAAUAAUAAUUGCGAGCACAAAAGUUUUAGAAAUUCCACUUCUUCCUGAAAACAAUAUGUCGGCCAGUAUUGAUUGUGCAGGUAUUUUAAAACUUCGCAAUUCAGAUAUAGAACUUCGAAAAGGAGAAACUGAUAUUGGCAGAAAGAAUACUAGAGUGCGCCUUGUCUUUCGUGUACACAUCCCCCAACCUAGUGGAAAAGUCUUGUCUCUGCAGACUGCUUCCAUACCUGUUGAAUGCUCACAGCGAUCUGCUCAAGAACUUCCUCAGAUUGAAAAAUACAGUAUCAACAGUUGUCCAGUAAAUGGAGGUCAUGAAAUGGUGGUGACUGGAUCAAAUUUUCUUCCAGAAUCCAAAAUUAUCUUUAUUGAAAAAGGCCAAGAUGGCCGUCCUCAGUGGGAAGUAGAAGGAAAAAUAAUUAGGGAAAAGUGUCAAGGGGCAAACAUUGUCCUUGAAGUUCCUCCAUACCAUAACAGAACAGUUAAAGCUGCGGUGCAGGUGCAGUUUUAUCUUUGUAAUGGCAAGAGGAAAAAAAGCCAAUCUCAACGUUUUACUUACACGCCAGUUUUGAUGAAACAGGAGCAUAGAGAAGAAAUGGAUUUGUCUUCAGUUCCAUCUUUGUCUGUGCCUCCGAGUGGCAGUGUUCAAGGCCUGCAUACUGUCAGGACACCAUCUCCUUCCUCAGAUCCAGGGCAACCACAUGACAGUUUAUUGCCUAGAAGUCUUGUUUGUCCUGUCCAACAACCAUAUACAUCAAUGGUGACCCCCUCAGCAUCCCAUCUGUCCCAUAUGCAAAGUAGGAACAUCAGUCCCGGUGAAGAAUGUCAUGUGAUGCCUUCUGUGCUACAUCAGUCUUUUCAAGCCACAUCAGCACCUCCUGUGAGGUCUUCCUACCAGCCUAUGCAAACUAACGUUAUGUACAAUGGACAGACUUGUCUUCCUAUUAAUGCUGCCACCAGUCAAGGAUUUGAUGCAAAUUCAUUUCAACAGGAUACAGCUGUACCCAAUUUAAUAAAUCUUAGCUGUCAACCUCUGCCACAAAUACAAUUUCAUUCUUCAAAUUCAGGGUCACUGUCGUCAUCUGCUACAGGAGCAGGACAUCGCUUAGUACACACAACUCAUUCGGGGCAGUCAUUGCCUCACCUGCAGCCAGUGGUAUAUCAUUGUUCAAAUGUGGGACAGAGUCCUGUUACUUCUCCAGCAAGCCAGUCCUUGGGACAGCCUUCUCCUCAGUUACAGCCAGGAGCGUACCAUACUUCAAACCCUGGGUCUACUACAACUUCGUCACCAACAGCCUCUCAUCCCUUGGUCCAUUCACCACUAUCUGGACCCCCAUCUCCUCAGUUACAGCCUAUGCCUUAUCAGUCUCCAAGCUCAGGACCUGCUUCAUCCCCGUCUCCAACAACCAUAGCUCACUCUGGACAACCCUCACCUCAAGCACAUAGUCCUGGAGUGGGAGGUAUUUCUGUAUCGUCAAUAGUAUGUCAGCAGAGAUGUGAUUCAUCUUCAUUUUCACCUGAUGGAGCAGCUAUGAACAUUAAACCUGAACCUGAAGAUCAGGAAUUGAAUUUUGAAACCAUUGGUCUCCAGGAUAUCACAUUAGAUGAUGUAAAUGAGAUCAUAGGAAGAGAUAUGUCCCAGAUAUCAGUUUCACGAGGAGCAUCAGUGACAAUUCAGCCUCCGUCAUGAGAUCCCAGAUUCACUGGAUUCAAGAAUAUCAGAUGGAGUCUAGAAAUGGUGACCCUUGCAACUAGAUGUUCAUUAAUACCAGUGCACUUCCCUGAAUAACUCUUCGUCUACCACUUCUUUUUUGACCUAUUGUGCUUCCAAUUCUGUGGCCUUCAUGAACUGGAACUGUGUUCUUUGCAUUGCCCCUUUUGUGGGUGCCAUUUUUUGACAUAGGGACAGCAUUUCUAAAUCUUGGACAGUGUACAAAUGAACUUUGUAAAAAACAAGCAACAUAGGAUAUUUGUGCUAUUUAAAAGUGAGCUUUGCUUUUUCUGCAUUUAAAGAGAAUACUUUUAUAUCAGGGGUGCUUUAAAAGUGUGAAGGUGUGUGCUCUGAUAAUCCCAGGCUGCCCUGAAUUUGAGGAAAGAUCUAAUCCACUUUCUUUAUGCAGCUUUUUUUAGGCAAGCUUCAUAGAAUAGUUAGGAAUGGUUCCUACUGCUUCUUGUCAUUAGAAAGGCCUUCCAGCUUUGAUGUUUUAAAAAGAGAACUUUGAUAAUAAAACCUUCCAGGGGCAGAGAGACCCACCAGCCGAAGCCUCUGCACAAAAAUGACGUCUUGGGGAUGUUGUUGAUCGAUAGGAAGUAAAGCAAAAUGUAGCUCUGCACUUCUUUAUAAAUGUUGUUUGAAGAAUUGAGAAGAGACCAUUCCAUCAUUGCAAGUGUUGGGAUAGAAAUGACAUUCCAAAAUGCAAAUCUUUGGUAACUUUACAGGUAAUCUUCUCAUAUAGGUUUCAUACUGAAAUUGUUUUCCUCACUCAAGAGUCUCUCUGAGAAAACUUAUGUUAGCAGUCCUGUAUAAAAGUUGGGAUUCUAACUGAAAUUUCUCCUUUUCACAGCUUUUUCUUGGAAAAAAAUAGGAAAACAUUUGCAGAAGCUUUAUUCUUGCUAAAAUUCUCCUUUGCAAUCCUUUCCAGAGACUCUAGCUUUCUCUAAGCUAGGCUGCACAGAAACUUUGAUGUUUGGUUUCAGGCUUCUCCCUUUUAAGAAUCUAUCGGCCUUUUGGGAUGUGUGUACCUUUGAAAAGUUAUAGUGGUAAGAGCAUAGAAAACAUGAGGAUAUCGAAUUAAGAACUGUUUUUAAUAAAAUAGGUUAAUUGCCUCCUAGAAGAAUUUAAGAUAAAUCUUUGUUGAGCUGGUAUUACAUAGGCCAGGGCCCUGGGUUCCUUUCUAUAGUCUGUAUUAAUUCCAACAUUACUUCCUUCUAUGUUAAUGGCUUACUUUUUUUUUUUUAACCUAAGGGGCUUUUCUUUGGGGUGGUGAGUAUAGUUCUUUGUAAACUUCAUCCUUGAUAGAAGAAACCAUGAUUUUGUAAAGCUAGUUUUAGCCAAGUCUAGAACAUUGGGACUCGGUUGUUCCCGAGGAAUUUAAUUGCCGUGGAAUGUAGGGCGAGUUAUUUUCCACUGUUAAAUACAGCUUUACCCAGGAAGAUUAUUUCUCCUAUGACUGACUUCUUUUUGGAGUAAUUACCACUAAUAAAUCAAGAACUUCUCAAUAUGGAGAAAGUAAUCUAUGAUGGGUAAUUAUAUCUAACCUGGUGCCGAGUGCACUUGAUAUAGACACAAUAUUCCUGGGAUUGAAUCUUAAGUGUCCUCAGGUAUUCCCCUCAAUUCUCUUCAGGAUAAAGAAGUUUGUUUUUAAAUAGCAUUUGCCAGUGGUAUUCUUUAGAAUGGGCUUGUUCUUCAAGGGGGGAAAAAUACUGCCAUUUGUGAAGUGUCAUCACAGUUGAUCCAGGAUCAUCGUUAUGGAAACUUUUAAAAAUCUUUUUUGUAAUUUCAAGAGUGGGUUUGCUUUUUUAAUGAGUACUAUUCACCUUUUCACAUGAAAGUCACUUAGAGGGACAUCCCGCUAGCUCUAUCUGAGCUGUCCCUAUGUAGCAUGGUCAUGUUUUUUGUUUCCUGAAGCUAUCCUCACCUACUGUCGGCAAGUUUCGUAACUGUGAAUAAUCUGUCUUGAAGGACCUAUAGUGGGGAAUCUGCACGAGUAAGGAGUUUGAUGCUCUCAGUGUAGAGUAUCUAGAGCUCCCAAACCCAGAAAGUUGCUGGGGACCUUCUCAAUUAGAAUCACUGGAGUAGUCCUUGGUGGGGCUCUGCAGUAGGUCAGUGUGAAAGCCUGUACAAUCCCAAGUUGCUAUGCACUAAACUAAAUUUCCUGAUGCCUUUAAAUACCUUGAUGCCUGUAGACCUAGAAAUGCUUUCCUAUAUAAAAAUACAGCUUUGGAUAUGUAAACAGUUUUGUAUCUGCCUUUUAAAAGCUUCAGUAUAAAGGGUCUUAAUAUUUUUCUGGCUUGUAUCCUAAAGACUGUUAAAAACAAACAAAACUAUGUGCAAUGUAAUGGUCUAAAAAGCACACGACCCUCCAUUGUUGGGCUAUGCAAAUGGUGCAAAUGGAAGUCUUCACAGAACCCACAGGAGGGGAAGUGGCAAGGCUUGGGCGAGUCUGGAAGAUGGGAUACACUAGCCACCCGGGUGGGAGGGAGAGGGGACAAGACUAAAUUAGGAAGCCCAUGGAAUUUCUGUGCAUUCAACAAGUGGGCUGCGAGCAAUUUUCCGAAAAACAAAUCCCCGAAGUGUCUAUUAGGUUUCUCCUGGUAACCUUCUGACCAGGUCGGUGGGACUCCUUGGCAAACCAAAGAGAAAAAGGGACUAAGGGCCGAGCCCGACCCGUGCUUUGAAACUAUUUUUGAUAAUUCAGAAUGGACGUCAUUCCUUGAGGCUUAGAGAUGGGUCCGCAAACUUUUAUAUUUAAAGAAGAUUCAUAAAACUGUGCUAGAUUAUGUUUACAGAGCUACAUAUUGUAAUUUCAUGUACAUUUUGUAUUUCAAACAUUUUGUAAGUUUUAUGAUUGCAGUGCUACUUGCAUAAAAUAAAGGGAAGAACUAGUAUUUGAGGCUUUUCAAUCAUAGUGCUGAAAUAAAUGAUGAAAGAUCAAAUGUGUCCUCAUUUAAUCAAGAGUGCAAAGCCACAAGCAAGGGGCUUUCCCCCACAGCCUCUCCCAACCAGUAGUCCAAAAACAAAACAAAGGAAGCAAAAAGGCCAUCAUCUCUUGAGGAUUUCCAGCACCUUUGUGCUGCACCCCAUGGAUCACACCACCAGAACCUGAAUGCCAGACAUUUACACUUGACCAAGUUGCCUCGGGUCCCGAUGCUGUUGUUCCAGAUUCUAGACACAACUUUUGUGAUUUUGGUCAGAGUCCAGAUUGUAAUGCCAAACUCCAUUCCUAGGCUACCUACUCCUUUCUGGCUCUGCCUUGUAGUACCCUCUUCCAGCCUCCCAUCUUUUUUAAAACCACUAAAUAAAAUGUUUUAAUCAAAUCUGAAA